UGUGAAGCAUGCGCAUUGAACCUCAUCAUCAAAGCCCGGUCUCAGUACUGUCGUACUUUCGUAGUGCUAAAUCUGCAGAAGGCCGUAAUUUAUUUUUAACCGAGUGAAAUACCUGUAUUCCAUCUGAAAUUCGCCUUACUGUACAAGUGAAGAAUCGCAGAUAGAUACGUAACACUCACUUACCAAGGAGGUCUAGGCCUAUGCAGUAGGCUUCACUUGAAGAUGUUUAACAAGUCGUUUGGUGCUCCCUUCGGAGGUGGAGGUACUGGAGGAUUUGGUACAACAUCUGCUUUUGGCCAACAAACCACAAGUUUUGGAGCAACGGGUGGUUUUGGAUCGUCAGCCUUUGGGGCCUCAAACGCUACAGGUGGUCUUUUUGGAGCUGCACAGACUAAACCAGGUGGGCUCUUUGGAUCUAGCACUUUCAGUCAGCCAGUUCCUCCAGCCACCAGUAGUGGUUUUGGCUUUGGUACUGCAAGUGGAACGUCCAGCAGUCUAUUUGGAAACACCAACACUGCAGGAAGUGGUCUCUUUUCCCAGCCAAGCAAUGCCUUCGGUGCCACCAAACCAGCCUCCUUUGGCACUUUUGGAACCAGUACCGCAAGUGGUGGACUAUUUGGUGCAACCCAGACCCAGAACGCAAACCCAUUUGGAGGUACCUCAGGGUCACUCUUUGGGGCGUCAAGUUUCACCGCACAACCGCAACAACAACAACAACCGGGAACAACGGUGAAAUUUAAUCCACCAACAGGAAGUGACACCAUGGUAAAGGGUGGAGUGACAACCAGUAUCAACACAAAACACCAGUGCAUCACAGCCAUGAAGGAGUAUGAAAACAAAUCUUUAGAGGAACUCAGAAUGGAGGAUUACCAGGCGGGCAGGAAGGGUCCCUCCAACCCCAUGGCAGCUGCGACGGGAGGUCUCUUUGGGACGGCUGCCGCUGCUGCGCCGCCCAGCACAGCUGCUGGCCUAUUUGGCGCCACUGCAAACAAUACAGGCUUCUCUUUCGGACAGAAUAAGACCACAUUUGGAACCAGCGCUGGGGGAUUCGGUGCAGCAACAGGCGGUCUUUUUGGUCCGCAGCAACCUGCGCAGCAACAAGCUGCCAGUCUCUUCAAGCCCUUUGGCCAGCCUACAACAACGCAAACUACAGGCUUUUCUUUUGGCAACACCAACACUUUGGGCCAACCCCAAACCAGCAGCAUGGGCUUGUUUGGUAACACAGCUGUGUCUCAGGCUGGAGGUCUGUUCGGGAACACGGCAAACACCAGCACAGCUGCAGGGUUUGGUGCAGCUUCAGGGCUCUUCGGCCAACCCAACACUGGCUUUGGUGCCGUGGGUGCACAGAAUUUGUUUGGAAACAAACCUGGUGGUUUCGGGACAACCACAACGAGUGCUCCAUCCUUUGGAACUGGAACGGGCCUGUUUGGAAACAAGCCUACCCUUACACUGGGCGCUAAUACACAAACAGCCAAUUUUGGCUUUGGUGCCAACCCCGCUGGAGGAGGCCUGUUUGGGAACAAAACUGCUGCCACUGGGCUGGGCACGACCCUGGGUGCUGGCUUCGGGGCAGCUGUGGGGCCUGGGCAGACUUCACUCUUUGGAAAUAACCAGAACAAGCUGGGCACGACCUUGGGCACAGUGGGGGGGUUUGGAACCUCUGCAUUUAACACGGGCACAGGUUCUCUUGGUCUCGGAGUGCCACAACAGCCCAUGUCACUCACUGACCCCAGUGCCGCCGCGGCACAGCAGGCCGUUCUCCAGCAGCAGAUCAAUGCACUGGCAUACUCGCCCUUUGGUGACUCUCCACUCUUCAGAAACCCCUUGUCUGACCCCAAGAAGAAAGAAGAGCGUCUGAAGCCCACCAAUCCUGCAGCUCAAAAGGCUCUCAUUUCAACAACCCACUAUAAACUGACCCCAAGACCUGCCACACGUGUGCGUCCCAAGGCACUGACCCCCUCUGGCACCCUAAAGUCAGUGCUCUUUGAUGGCCUGGAUGAUGACGAGCCCUCCCUGACUAAUGGAACCUUUGUGCCCAGGAAGAACAUCAAGAAGCUGGUACUGAAGAAUCUUUCUAGUAGCAACCUUUCAACUGUGGACAGGGAUGUAGAUGACCUGGCCUCCCCUCCAGAGUAUCCACUAAGUUGCAUAGAGGAGUCUGAAGACGUGAACCGAACAGACAUGCUUGGAGAAGAUUCUUCUACAUUGCCAGAGACCCCUGACCAGCAGAACACUGUGUGUGAAUUCAUCUCAAAUAAAAGCGGAGGUGAAAGGGAAAACCGAAGUGAGCCCAGCUUGGACCCCAUCAAUGAGGAGACGUUCAUGAAGGAUGAUUGUGUUCCAGAGGAGCUCGAGGAAGAGCAAGAUGCACCAAAGUCCCCCCACCCAGCAGGGGUAGUCCUCUGCCGUGUGGGCUACUACACUAUCCCAUCUAUGGAGGAGCUCAGCAGGAUGCUCAAUGAGAAUAGCGAGUGUGUGGUGGAGAAUUUUACCAUUGGAAGGAAAGGCUACGGCUCCGUGUUCUUCCCUGGUGUAGUCAAUCUGACCAAUAUGAAUCUGGAUGACAUCGUGCAUUUUAGACGAAAGGAAAUCAUUAUCUAUCCUGAUGACAUGACCAAACCUCCAGUGGGGGAAGGCCUUAACAGACGAGCUGAGGUGACGCUUGAUGGAGUAUGGCCAAAUGACAAGACCACUUGUAGCCAGAUAAGAAGCCCUGAUCGAUUGGUUGACAUGAACUAUGAGGGGAGACUGGAGACGGCAUCCCGGAAACAAGGCGCCCGCUUCCUUGAGUACCGACCAGAGACGGGAUCUUGGGUGUUUGAGGUCGCUCACUUUUCCAAGUAUGGGUUACAGGACUCGGACGAGGAAGAAGAAAUUAAGAGCGAUUUAAAGAAAGUAAAGACUGGGCCUCCAGCUCCAGGUCUGCAGCCUGCGCCCCCAAACUCUCAACCACUGGGGCAGUCACAGAAGAUGGUUUUACCUGAGCUGCUGGGCCAUGUGUCGGAGAUGGACAGUGACAUGGCCGACAUCACCCAGGAGCCCACUGUAGAUGGCCUUUUGGAAGAGGGGGAUUUUGGAAGUCCUGUUGCAUUGGAGCAGCAGCUGCCUGAACCUGACUCUCUUGUGUCCGCUUCAAGUCAUAUCCCCUCUUCUCUGGGCAUCAACCCCCACACGCUUCAGAUCAUGAAGGCUUCUUUGUUUGUCGGGGAUGAUGAGGAUGACGGAGACCAAUAUCAACAGGAAGUGUCCGAUCUUCAGAUGUCCUCUCUUCAAUCUCUGGAAAGGCGAUAUGGACUGAGCCACACCAAAGGCCUGCUGACCUAUCACCAAGAAGCCCAGUAUAAUGUCCCGCCUCCAAAGCAGAGCAAGCCGUUCCUGAGCCCCGAUCCAUACAUGCCUCUGUCCAGCCACUGCCUCCCUCAUGCCCAACCUGUCCUGGAGGCCACCAUGCGCACCGUGGGAGUGCGCCAUCUUGGGGGCCCGGUGCCUCUGGCAAACUCGGUGACCCAGGGGAAAUGCCGGCUGCUCAUGGACGCUGCCUUGUUUGCCGGCCGCUCGUUCCGCGUGGGCUGGGGCCCUGGAUGGAGGCUGGCACACAGUGGUGAGGCACACUCUGCCCCCCAGGGAGCCUUGAACAUGGACACAAAAGAACAACUCCUUCUUGACAAUAUGGGCCAAAGCUUCUCCGCUAAACCCACCACAAGCAGGAAUGGCCCGUUCCAAGUCCACCUCGAGCAGGUGGUAAGUCUAGAAUCCCAGGAGCCAGAGGUGAACCAGACUUUGUACCUGCAUCCACUGGAGAUCAGCCUGAAGUACAGCACCAUCAACACAGAGGAGACCUGCCCCUUCAUCCAGCCACAGACUGGUGUCCACGCACUCCACGAUUAUGCUCAAUGGAUCACCAAGUUCAACGAAGAUGGCACCAAGAACGCCUUGCUGAGCCAUUGGCAGCAGGUAUGGACUCUGUGCAAGGCAUUGUGGGGCGGACUCACUGAAGCCAGCGAAGAAGAUAACUUUGAACAAGAAGGUUCUGGUUCUUACAAGCAGCAGUUAGAGCGACGACAAAGUUUUUCCGCAUGGCUAUCUUGUGCAGCUGAAACUCGCAUUUGCCAGGAGCUCAGUGUGGCAACCCACAGCCCAACAGAGGCUAUCUUCAGCUACCUGACGGGAUACAAGAUCAGCCAAGCUUGCAAGCUGGCACAGCAAAGCGGGGACCACCGUCUGUCUUUGCUGUUAUCUCAGGCGGCAGGCUUGCCAUAUAGCCAGGAUCUUCUGACGCUUCAGCUUGGCGACUGGAACAGGAUGCAGAUGGGUUCUUGUUUACAAGAAGAGAGACUCCGUAUCUAUGCUCUCUUGGCAGGCAAACCAGUAUGGCAAUCUUCAAAUGGCUGUAUAAAUGUGUGUGCUGAGCUGGACUGGCAACGCUGUGUCGCAGUGCACCUGUGGUACAUGCUCCCUCCCACGGCCUCCAUUUCUGACGCACUGGCCAAAUAUGAGCUGGCUUUCCAGGGUUCUCCUGAUGGACUGAAAUACGCUUGUGCUCCCCUUCCUCCCUAUCUGGAGAGUUGUGACCUGGCUUGCAUAGAGGAGGAGAUUGAGGAGAGGGGGGUCAAGAAGCCUUUGUAUGACAUAUGCUUCCACCUGCUGAAACUCUACAGUGACCGGCAUCAUAACCUGCAGCAACUUUUAGAUCCCAGCACAGUAACAAUCCAGCGCCUGGACUACCGCCUUUGCUGGCAUUUGUGGAAUGUCCUCCAAGCCUUAAACUACAGCCAUCUGUCCCCCGAGUGCCAGGCCCAGCUCCACUCGAGCUACGCGGCCCAGCUGGAGAGCGCCGGCCACUGGGAGAUGGCCAUCUUUGUGUUGCUGCAUAUACCCAACGCAAUGCAGCGUGAGCGAGCCGUUCGAGAGAUGCUGUGCUCAUACUGCUCCAUACUAGAGACGGAGGAUUCUUCCGAGAAGGAGCAUUUCCUCACGGAGAGGCUGCUGAUCCCCGUGCAGUGGAUCCACGAGGCCAAAGCCACCCAUGCCCGCCAUGAGUCAGACAAGCACCAGGAAGCAUUGCACCUCUAUCACGCCAGCAGCUGGAGCCAGUGCCAUCGCUUGGUCAUUCACCACCUGGCAGCAGACUGCAUCAUCAAUGACAACCACGACUAUCUACUGCACAUCCUGGAGGGUCUGGCUGUGCCCGAGCGCCACGCUCAGAUCCAGGACUGGGAUGUUUCUGGCCGAGUGUUCCUGGACUACAUCCACGUCAUCCAAACACUGCAGUCCAUCCAGCAGAUGGAGGGUCCAGGCUAUGAGCUAGAACGACUCUACACGGAGGUGACGUCCCUGUGCAGCAGAAUUGAGCUUCUCCCAUGUGUUUCAGCUAAGGAUAGGCUUGCCCAGUCAGAGAUGGCUAAACGUGUGGCCAACAUCCUCCGCGCAGUCUUGACUUUGCAACAGGGGGGAGACACUCCAUCCGACCUCCCUCUCAUCCCGUUGUGCUGUCUGGCCCCUCACAUCGGCCGUCUGCCCAUGCCUGAGGACUAUGCCCUGGAGGAGCUCCGCAGCCUCACCCAGUCCUACCUGCGGGAGCUCAUCUUCAGUCAGUGAACCGACGUGUUGGGAUCCACUGGAUAUUGAAUAGGAGGGUUUGACUUUAGUAGCUUGCAGACCGAGCAGCACUCCUAUGAUCUUUUCAGACAACACUGUUGACUGUUGAGAAGGUACAACUUCUUUCGACAAUACAUUCCAUUCUGUACCAUUAUUAUGAUCACUAUUUUAUGUCCAUAGUGAAGAUUUGUGUGGUGGUGAUGAUGAUGACUGGAGAUGUAUUCUGCAGUCUUAGAAAAGACAGGUAUUGACCGCAAAAAGUUUUUAUCCUACAAGGGACAGGUUUGGUAGAUUGCAACUGCCAAAUAGGUCUGAGCCUUGCCGACGGCGCUCCGCUUCUUCUCCCUUCAGUCUGUGUAGCCGCGAUGCUCUGGUUGGCUUAAAGGUGUUGCACCAAUGUGCAGUGUUUGAGGAGUUUGGAGUCCAUUUCCUGUAUAUCGAAUCAUUUUGUGUACCAAAAGAAUGCAGGCAAAUGUUUAUAUUUUUGUAAAGUUUUAAAGGUAUAAAAGUAUGACAACAGCGCUGGUGUGUAAUUGAGCCAAAGUGCACAGCUGGAGCAGUUCCAUCCACUGAUUGACACUUUUCUAAAAACACACCUUAUUUUCACCCUUGUACAAUUUUUUCUCCAUUUAUUUAGUCUGUUCAAGUAUAUUUGAAAGGUUUUUGUAAGGUAUUCUCCACAGUAUCUACAUCAUUUUUUUUCCAUUAAAACCAUGAAUAAAAUAUUUUUCCUUCUUGAAA